AUGGAUCCAGCAAAAUUAGCCAAGCUGCAGGCGCAGGCCGCAGCCAACAGGAUCGGUGGGAAGGGCACUGUACGACGCAAGAUCGUCCGGAAGGCGAAGCCCUCGACAGCGCAGGACGACAAAAAGCUCCAGGGCGCACUCAAGAAGCUCAACGUGCAGCCCAUUCCCGGCGUCGAGGAGGUCAAUAUGUUCAGGGAGGACGGGAACGUGUUGCACUUCACCGCGCCCAAAGUGCACGCGGCCGUUGCCGCCAAUACAUUCGCCGUGUACGGCGCGGGCCACGUGAAGGAGCUCACCGAGCUCGUUCCCGGCAUCCUCAACCAGCUCGGCCCCGACUCGCUCGCGUCCCUCCGCAAGCUUGCCGAGUCCUACCAGGCCAUCCAGCAGAGCCAGCAACGACCGCAGAACGCGGGCGCGGUUGACGAUGACGACGACGACGUGCCGGAUUUAGUAGAGAACUUCGACACCGUGGAGGAUAAAACCGCUGAGACCAACCUCGACUGA